UAUUACUCCUACCAGGGUAUUCCGUACGCGGAACCGCCGUUGGGUGAGCUGCGCUUCAAGCCGCCGGUUCCAGUGGAAAAGUUCUCCGAAGAACCGCUGGACUGUAGCCAGGAGCGGAGUAUCUGCACUGCCUGCUUUUACCUGCCCGAAGGUGGCCACGGAACGGAGGAUUGUCUCUAUCUGAACGUGUACACAACGAGUGCUCCGAGUGGUCAGCCCGGUACGCUGAUGCCGGUCAUGGUGUGGAUUCAUGGUGGCGGUUUCUAUACUGGCAGUUCGAGCACGAGUUUGUACGGCCCAGACUAUCUGGUGCAGGAGGGCGUGGUUCUGGUGACGUUCAACUAUCGACUGGGACCGCUCGGUUUCCUUGCCCUUCCGUCUGUCGGCAUCCACGGCAACCAGGGACUGAAAGAUCAACAGUUGGCUCUUCGCUGGGUGAAGGAGAACAUUGUCCAUUUCGGGGGCGAUCCAUCGAACGUAACGCUGUUCGGGGAAAGUGCUGGCAGUGCAUCGGUGAACUGGCACUACCUCUCGCCAACGUCUCGCCAGUUCUUCCACAAGGCAAUCUGCCAGUCGGGUUCGGUGUUCUGUCCCUGGGGGUUGCAGUACCAGCCGGAGCAUAAGGCACGCAAGUUGGCCUCGGUGUUGGGCUACGAGGGAGACGAUGAUGCGGGAGUUUUGGAAACUUUGCGAAACGCUUCGGCCGAAGAUUUAGUGGCGAAUGCAAACAAAGCGUUUGAGGAGGCUGAGAAGAGCAUCUACUUUGCGUCACCGUUCAUUCCCUCGAUCGAGGACGCUACCUCGGAGGAUCCGAUCAUUCCGCAGCGUGGUGAGGAGCUGCUGAAGCAACCCAAUGUGACAUCGAUUCCUUUGAUAUAUGGGGUAAACAGCGGUGAGGGGUUGUUAUGGAAUGGACACAUGCAUACGAUGCUGGACGUGUUGGCGAGUAACCUGGGCAUGACACUGCCGCUAGAUUUCGGAAUCCCGCGCGAUACGGCACCAGCCGUGUUGGAGGAAAUUCGUCAGUUCUACUUCCAGGAUCAACCGAUCAGCCAGGAUACGGUUCUACGCAUGUUGGAUCUUUUGGCUGACGUUGGUUUCAAUUUCCCCGUGUUCAAUGCCGCUGAGUUGCAUUCUCGCUAUCAGCAGGAAGCUCCACUGUACUUCUACAAUUUCGCAUACGAAAACGAGCUGAACCAGAUGCGCAAGUUCUUAAACGUACCGGAAGGAACCCCGGGAGCCUGCCACGGUGACGAGCUGCCGUACCUGUUCAGCGGUUCCGAGUUCCAUGUGCAGGUGCAGCCUGAUUCCAGCGCCGGACGAGCUCGUUCGUUGCUGUGCCAGCUUUGGACUAACUUUGCCAAGUUCAGCAACCCUACGCCGGAUGAGCAAGUCGACAGCAUCGGCUUCCGAUGGGAACCGGUCGCUCCUACACCCUCCGGCGAACCGUUCGUCCUGAAGGCCCUCGAGCUGAACGAUCCAGCUUCUUUUCGAGUGAUGGUGAAGGUGGUACAGGGGUCAAUUUACGGUACGAAAGAUCGUCUCCCGAACGGGCAGCCGUACUACUGUUUCAAAGGUAUCCCCUACGCGCAGCCUCCGAUUGGAAAGCUUCGAUUCGCAUCUCCGGUGGCUAUCGAAAGAUACAACGUGUCGUACCUGGACUGUAGCCGCGAACGGAGCAACUGCAUGGGUCGAGAUGUGAUAACCCGCGACAUAUCCGGAUCUGAGGAUGGUCUGUUCUUGAAUGUAUAUACACCGCGAAUCGUUAGAGAUGGAUCGUCGGGCGGACUGCUGCCGGUAAUGGUGUUCUUUCAUGGUGGUGGAAUGACGGGUGGCAAUGGAGGAAGCGGCCUCUACCUGCCGGACUAUCUGGUGCAGGAGGGUGUGGUAGUUGCCACGGUUAACUAUCGCCUUGGAGUGCUUGGAUUUCUGUGUCUACCGCAUGCGGGCAUUGAAGGGAACGCUGGGUUGAAAGAUCAGCGUAUGGCGUUGCAGUGGAUCGCUCAGAAUAUCACAACGUUUGCUGGUGACCCGAACAACGUAACCAUCUUUGGGGCAAGCUCCGGUGGAAGCAACGUCAUGAUGCACUGCUUCUCCGAACUUUCGCGACCAUUCUUUCACAAGGCAAUCGCGCAGAGUGCGACUGUGUUUGCGGAUCUGAUUUACCAAAACGAACCGGAAAACCGGGCUCGUUCCCUGGCGCGCAUCUUCGGAUACGAGGGUUCAUCGGACGAGGGAGCACUGGCAACACUCCGGGACGUGCCGGCACACCGUCUCUACGAGGCCCAGUUUCUCGUUCUGUCCGAUCGAGAGCGUGAGUAUGGACCUAUCUUCCACUUCCCGUUCACUGCCGUCAUUGAGCGGAAGGAGUCCCGGGAUGCCGUUCUACUCAAGACUCCCAUGGAUUAUCUGCGAGAGCACGGCAGUAUCCCGGUGCCGGUCCUCUGCGGAUACAAUGAUAAGGAGGGCAUUAUGGAGCUGGUAGACACGAUCAAAACAAUCUCCGUGUACAACCGUCAGCCAGAGAAGUUUAUCUGUGGCUCGUUCAAUGUGGACUACUUUAGCCCGCUUGCUCGAGCCCUCGGGGAGGAGUUAAAGCGACAUUACUUUGGCGAUCAGCCGAUCACACGCGACAACCUGCACCACAUGGUAGACCUCCUAUCGGACCGUUUCGUUGUAGGCUAUUACGUGCUGUGUCAUUUGUGGAAUACCUACCAGCCACAGACACCGUUCUACUCGUACCGGUUUGCCUUCGACGGCUCGUUGAACAAAGGCAAGGAGUUGCUUAAGUUCCAGCAUCUGCCGGGCGCAUGCCACAUCGAUGAGGUGUACUACAUCUUCAGCUCACCGUUACUUCGGACGGAAAUUCCACCGACCGACCAGGCGCACGCAAUGCGUCAAACGAUGGUUCGUAUGUGGACCAACUUCGCCAAGUACUCCGAUCCGACGCCAACGCACGAUUUAGCUCGUCUUCCGUGCCGCUGGGAAUCGAUGGUCGCGGUGCCACAGGGUGAAGAAAAUCCACCCAACUACACCCUGCUUGCGAUCGGCAACGAGGAGGUGAAGAUGGACACGCUGCCGGAGUUGCAACGGUUGGCCAAAUUUCUAGACAUCCUUAAGCGAUGCAAUGGGUCAAUAGAUAACUUCGUUAUCCCGCGUGUUGACGCUUGA